AUGGUGGCUGCUUCCGCCUCCUUCAGGUGGAUACUGCAACUGCAUAAAGAUGUUCCAAAAGCUGCAAAAUUUUACAAAGAAGGCCUUGAUUUCACCAUAAAUGUGUGUACUCUCCGGUGGGCUGAACUUGAAUCCGGCCCUCUCAAGCUCGCUCUCAUGCAUUCUUCCAGUGAGAUUGAGGUUCAGAAGGGAUACUCAUCACUGUUAUCAUUCAGUGUGACCGACAUUAACAGCACGGUGACUAAACUCAUGGCUUUAGGUGCAGAGAUGGAUGGGCCUAUCAAAUAUGAGGUCCAUGGAAAGGUUGCUGCAAUGCGGUGUAUUGAUGGUCACAUGUUGGGUCUUUAUGAGCCUGUUUGA